AUGGCUGAGCAUGCACAAUCUAAUGCGGAGCUGUUGGAAUGGCCGAAGAAAGAUAACCACCGCUUCCUGCAUGUUGUUUACCGUGUUGGUGAUCUUGAUCGCACCAUCAAGUUUUAUACUGAAGCUUUUGGAAUGAAGCUUUUGAGGCAAAGAGAUGUUCCAGAAGAGAAAUAUACCAAUGCUUUUCUUGGAUUUGGUCCUGAACAAUCUAAUUUUGUUGUGGAGUUAACUUAUAAUUACGGAGUGACCUCUUACGAUAUUGGAACUGGCUUUGGACAUUUUGCUAUCGCAACUCCAGAUGCCUACAAAUUUGUUGAAAACGUCCGAGCUAAGGGUGGAAUCGUCGCUAGGGAGCCUGCUCCAGUUGGUGAUACUGUUAAUGCUUUUGUGAAGGAUCCUGAUGGUUAUAUUUUUGAAGUUCUCCAAAAAGCUUCAACCCCUGAGCCAUUAUGCCAUGUCAUGUUUCGUGUUGGUGAUUUAGACCGCACAAUUAAGUUUUAUGAAAAGGCUUUGGGUUUGAAGCUGGUGAAGAAGUUUGAUAUACCUCAAAACAAGAUAACUUUAGCUAUAAUUGGAUAUGGUGAAGAGCCUGAGAGAGUUGUGUUGGAGUUAUUAUAUAACUACGGUGUCACUGAAUACACUAAGGGAAAUGCUUAUGCACAGAUUGCUAUUGGAACGGAUGAUGUAUACAAGAGUGCUGAGGUAGUCAAGAUAGUCACUCAAGAGCUUGGAGGGAAGAUUACCAAGCAACCAGGGCCAAUUUCUGGCCUUAACACAAGGAUCACUUCUUUCUUAGAUCCAGAUGGAUGGAAAAUAGUGUUGGUCGAUAAUCAAGAUUUUCUAAAGGAGCUGGAAUGA